AUGAGAGUUAAUGUGGGUGUGCAAGAGCUGAGGAGCCGUCAGUUUUGGCAGGGGAUUCUGGCAGAGCUUCUUGGUUCCCUGAUCUUUGUAUCUGCUGUGUUGGGUUCUUUGGUGCCGGGGCCGGACGGGGCCUCCCCGGGGCCCAUCUACCCUGCACUGGCUGCCGGUAUGGCAACUGUGGUCCUGGGAUAUUGCUUUGGUGAAAUCAGUGGGGCUCAGGUCAAUCCUGCAGUGACUGUGGCGCUCUUGGCCACGCGUAAGGUGGAUGUGUUCAGGGCACUGGUGUAUCUGCUGGCCCAGUGUUUGGGGGGGAUCCUCGCCACUGGCCUCAUGUACCUGUCGCUGCCCCUGAAGUCCACCGCACAGAACUACAUCAACAAGGUCCCGGUGGACAUGAACGCCGGCCAAGCUCUUGUGAUGGAGAUGCUUGCCACGUUUGUCCUGGGCUUCACCGUAUUUUCUGUGGAAGAUCAACGCAGGAGAGAAAUAAACGAACCUGGGAACUUAGCCAUUGGGUUUGCUGUAAUCACUGCAAUCUUCAUUGCUGGGAGGUUUUCUGGUGCCAGCUUGAAUCCGGCUCGCUCCCUCGGUCCCGCUAUAAUCCUUGGCUAUUGGGAACAUCACUGGGUCUACUGGAUCGGGCCAAUAUUAGGUGCAGUCCUGGCUGGACUGUCCCACGAGUUUAUUUUUGCCCCCAGUGCGUCCAGACAGAAGUUGGUGGCUUGUUUGACCUGUAAGGACAUUGAGAUUGUGGAGACGGCCAGCGUGUCUCGAUCGUCCCUGUCCACCGUCACACAGAGCGCCAUGAGAAACAAGCAAAGCAACAAACUGGAGCACAGCUAAGCUCAAAUUCAACUGACCAACAAUUCAAUUCUUUUUUUUUAAUAUUUCGUCAAUGUCACAAAGGGUGUUAUUCGUGAAACAUGACCAGAACAAAUUGUGUGUCAUUUCUUUAUAACCAUUCUUACAUAAAUUGCACCAUGCAAGUUAUUGAGAACAGAUUUAAGAAUCAUUCACACAGGAGUUUGUCCUGCUCGUGUUUCACAAAUGAGGAAGAGCAAGUGGAAAAUGUUACCACAUAUUUCCUUCAAAAUCUGUAAAUAUUGAGUGAAAAUAUUUUCAUAGAAUAUUCUAUUGUGGAUCAGAAGCUGUACUGUCUUAAGUAGUCUUUGACGCUCAGCUUGAACAUGGAUAGUUAUAAAAGUGCCAAACGUUUGCCUAUGUGGCUCGAGCUUGCUAUUUAUUUAUUUUUUGCUCCCCAACAGACUUUAAAGGAGCAUUUCAC